UAUGUAUUUUGAUCACGGUCAAUUAUAAGAGAAACUUGAAAAGUAUUUACUAAACUGAAGUCGUUUGUUACUAUCAAAAGUCUUUCCCAUUCAGGUUCACUAAUUUUUGUGACUCUAACGAUGAUAAUUUGUGAUGAUUUCAAAUAAUCAGGCUUUUCUAGUUGAAUUAUUACAGCGUAAUGCACAAACAACGAAGGUCACCGUUUCGUUGGAACAUUUUGUUCAUUUGUUUUUCCUUGGUUCUGUCAUGAAAGAAAUGGGAAAUAUCCUUGAUCAAUGUGGAUGUAAUCGUUUACAAAGGAAAGUACAGAAAGCUUUCUCUAUUCUACUGGACGGGAUGUAUUCAUAAAAUUUUUUUUAAUACUUUUUUAAUUAUGGGUAUUGUUUUUAAAGGACAUUUGCUACCAGAAAUAGAGUUUCUGCUCAAUCGUGCUGUCACUAUGUAUACUAAGAAGUACAAUCAUUGUUGACAACUCAUUAAUUUCCUUAAGAUAAUAAUAAACUUUCUAGUCCAUUGUACAUAAAUAAACACAAUAAGUUUCAGUUCCGUAGGUCAAUGUCAAGCGAUAUGCAAUUCACUUGUCAUUCCUCGCCGAAUGUCCUUGGAUCCGUAAUCGAUCGAGCGUCUUCUUUCAUGGUAAUUAACAAAAAGAAUCAAAUUAGAAAACGAUUAUACAACAAUAGAGCUGAAAAACUUCGAUAGGUUUUUUUUUGAAAUGGUUGGCUCACUAUUGUUUUCCUUUCUUCUGGGUGUCUAGCGGCAGCACAAUGCUGGUGUGA